AUGGACACCGAGUCUAUAAGGUCCAUGAGUGAGUACAGUUCCAAAUCCAAAUACAAGAGUCACUCACUAAAAUCUGGUACUAAUCAUAGAUCUAACAGUUAUAAAAACAACACUCGGACUGCUCGCAAAUAUUCUGAUAGCCUAAAUAAUCCAUACGAAACAGCUAUGGCACCAUACCAAACUACUGUGAUGUUAGAUGAUACAAGAGAUGGACAAGAUGUUGUUGAAGUGCAAAUAUUACCUCAAGAUGAAAAUUGGGGUGAAAACACUACAGCGAUUACUGGUAAUACUUCAGUGCAAUCUGGAUCGAUGGAAGAAAUGGGAGCUCUAUGGCCAGACACUGAGCAAAAAAGCGCUUUUCCAAUAUUGUGCCAUCGUUAUAUAGCUACUACAUUGACUGGGCUUUUGUCCCUAGUCGCUUUUCUUAGCCCGUUAGCUAUGCUAGUUUUACCAAAAUUAGGUGUUUUUAGUCCUGCAGCUACAAAUCUUAGCCCUCAGCAAAGAGAAACCCUAUUAAAUUGUGGCGCAGAGUGUAAAGGAGUGUUAGUUUCACUGGCAUUCAAAAUGUUUUUGUUGGCUGUGGCAUCAUGGGCAAUUUUCCUACGCCCCGUGAAAGCAACUAUGCCUCGUAUUCAUGUUUUUAGAGCAAUUGUCUUAGCAUUAGUGUCAAUUUGCAGUGGAAUUUUUUGGCUUUUCUAUGUAGUUCAAGUCACGGAGGGAGUACGAGCCACAGCUACAGGUGAAGAUUUGCUCGAGUAUCGUGCCUUGGUAUCCUAUUCGUCUUCCCUAUGUGAUUGUCUACUUUGUAUUCAUUAUGUUGCCAUAGUGCUAAUGGAAAUUAGACAUCUUCAGCCAGCUUUUUACAUCAAGGUUGUAAGAAGUCCUGAUGGUGAAAGCCGAUCAUAUCCUAUUGGUCAGUUAAGCAUUCAGAGAGCCGCUGUUUGGGUUCUUGAACGAUAUUAUACUGAAUUUUCUAUAUACAAUCCAUACUUAGAGCGUUUACCAGUUUCAAAGUCUAAAAAGAAUGCUUCCAGCUUUAAAUUUUAUGAUAUUGAGGGUAUUGGAAGUAACACACUCCAAAUGAGUCAAUCCAGAGGUACAAUGAAUGGCCAUGCUAGACGUCGUGAUUCAAGUCAUAACGAACGGUUCUAUGAAGAACAUGACUAUGAGCGACGAGUUAAAAAGCGAAGAGCUAGGCUCUUAACAGCUGCCGAAGAAGCAUUCACCCAUGUUAAACGAUCACAUCAUGAUCCUGGAGGUGGUUCUGCCAUGGAUCCAUAUGAAGCUGCUCAAGCCGUUUUUCCAACGAUUGCGCGAUCUCUUCAAAAGUAUUUAAGAGUAACCAGGCAACAGCCGAGGCAUACUGUAGAAACCAUUUUGUCUCACCUUGCUUUAUGUUUAACUCAUGAUGCUUCACCAAAAGCAUUUUUGGAACCUUACUUGAGUGCAGCUCCUGUGUUACAAAAUGAGAAAGAACAAAAAUCACUUCAAUCCUGGUCAUUAAUUUGUAAUGAACUAUUGACCCGAGCACUCAAAGAUGGAACCGUGUUUCAACUACGCCAAAACGAUAUUUCACUUCUGUGUACAGUACAUAAGCUUCCCCAUUUCAGUAUUUCUGAGGAAGUUAUCAAUCCAAAAUCAAAUAGAUUUGUUCUGAAGUUGAACUCUGAAACUUCUGUCUAA